ACUUAUCCGGCCUCAAGAUGGCUAAUGCUUACCAAAUAUCAAAUCUGCUCGACAAGAUGACAUCGGCGGAUAAAGACUAUAGAUUUAUGGCCACUAACGAUCUGAUGGCCGAGCUGCAAAAAGACUCGAUCAAAUUGGACGACGAAUCGGAGCGCAAGGUUGUCAGCAUGCUGCUUCAUCUACUUCGCGACAAAAAUGGUGAAGUACAGAAUCUUGCCGUCAAAUGUCUUGGCCCAUUGGUCAAGAAAGUGAAGGAGUACCAGGUUGAGCAGAUCGUUGAGACCCUUUGUAAGAAUAUGGUCAGUGAAAAGGCGGAAGAGCUGCGUGACAUUUCCUCAAUUGGAUUAAAGACUGUCAUCGCUGAAUUACCUCCUAAUUGUGACACACUAGUAGCCUCAAUUUGCAAAAAGAUUACCACGCGGCUAAACGCUGUGGUGGCGGAGAACGCAUCAAAGCAGGAAGAGGUUUCGAUCCAAUUGGAAGUGCUCGAUUUGUUUGGGGAUCUAUUAAACAGAUUUGGUGGUAGUUUACUUAUGUAUCAUGCAUCGAUCCUUGAGGCGCUUCUGCCACAACUUCGAAGCCCGCGCCUGGCGGUUCGUAAGCGGGCGAUCACCUCGAUUGGAUAUUUAACUACGUCAUGUUCGGACAAUCUGUUCAACAAGCUAAUGGAAACUCUAAUCCAUGAGUUGGCAACAGCCACGAACACGAACGCAUCCGUGACUCGAACCUAUAUUCAGUGCAUUGGAACGAUUUCGCGGCAUUCAGGCCAUCGUAUUGGGGGGCACCUUGAAAAACUUAUGCCUUUUUUGACUGGAUUCUGUCGACGAGCUCAUGAACAUGGAGAUGAACAUGGCGACGAAUUACGCGAGUACUGUUUACAGGCAUUGGAAAUGCUAGUACGAAGAUGUCCUAAGGAAAUUACUUGCUACAUUCCGUCAAUCAUUUCCAUCUGCCUAGAUUUCAUCAGCUAUGAUCCGAACUACAACUAUGACGAUGACGAAGAUGGAGAAGAAGGAAUGGAGACGGAUGGCGAGGAAGCAGAUGAAAGUGACGGCGAAGCUGAAGAAGAGUAUUCGGACGAUGACGACAUCUCAUGGAAGGUGCGCCGUGCCUCAGCAAAAUGUCUUGAGGCUGUCAUUGCCACGCGUCACGAUAUGCUUUCGGAUCUAUACCGGACAAUCGCUCCACACCUCGUCACUCGCUUCAAAGAACGCGAGGAAAAUGUCAAAGUUGACAUAUUUAAUGCAUAUGUCGCUUUACUGCGUCAAACACGUUCAACAGGACCACGAGGUGAUGAAACAAAUGCGGCUCCCGUUCAACUGCUCAGACAGCAGGUGCCUAGUUUAGUGAAGUCGCUGACGAGACAACUGCGCAAAGAAAAGAAAUCGAUUAAGACAAGACAAGGCUCGUUCCAUCUCCUUACCGAGCUAUCACUUGUGGUACCUGGCGCACUCUCAGACCACAUAUCGGCCUUAAUUCCCGCGAUCCAAAAUUCCUUUUCGGAGAAAGAGAAAAACACUUCGUCAAACAUGAAGAUCGAUACACUUGGUUUUCUUCAGUGCCUCAUUUCGAAUCAUCCAGUGGCCGUGUUCCACCCGCACGUGCCUGUGCUUGUACCAGCAGUCGUUCAAGCAGUGUACGAUCCGUUCUACAAGAUCAGUUCGGAAGCAUUGAAUGUUUUGCAGCUGCUUCUUCGAGUGCUACGCCCGUUCGACGGCCAGCCAAACGCUUUCAAUUUUUCACCGUAUGUUCCAGAAAUCUACCAGUGCGCCCUAGUCAAACUGAAGGCCACCGACAUUGAUCAAGAGGUAAAGGAACGAGCAAUCUCCUGUAUGGGGCAAAUUAUUUCCGUCCUUGGAGAUCACCUGCGGGAGGAACUUCAAUCGUGUCUACCGAUAUUUCUUGACCGUCUUCGCAAUGAGAUUACUCGACUAACGACGGUAAAAGCCCUAACACAAAUUGCUGGCUCGCCUCUUAAAAUUCCACUUGACAUGAUUCUCUGUGAUGGAGUAGCUAUUUUGGCUAGUUUUUUAAGGAAGAACCAACGCGCGUUGAAGUUGAGCACGUUAACCCUUCUUGAUACACUAUUUAAGCACUAUCCACUAUCUUUAAACGCAAACAUGGUAAACUGCAUCAUGAAGGAGUUACGCGCACUAAUCAGCGAAGCCGACCUACACAUUUCACAGUUGACUCUCCAUCUGCUAACGUCAGUGGCACAAGUUCAUCGCCAAUCAUUACUGACGGUAACAAAAGAGAUCCUGCCGGAGAUCCUGGUACUAGUGAAAUCUCCGCUAUUGCAGGGCGCCGCCUUGAAUGCAAUGCUCGAAUUCUUCAAGACCCUUUCAUACUCGAAUGUCGAUGGUGUAGGCUUCCGGCAGCUUCUAUUGCUACUCACAAGUUUAGUGUACCAACAAAGUCAAACAAAUCAGCCGAUUCAUAAAAAUGCGUAUCACUCGAUAGCUAAAUGUGUAGCUGCUCUAACUGUCGCCAACCUAAACAAUCCGGAAGCGUGUCAGGUGGUGCCUCAAUUCCUUAAUGAAAUCGCUAACAACCAAUCCGCUGAUUCCGUGCAUCAGUUCGCAUUAUUGGCCAUUGGCGAGAUUGGCAAGCAUGUCGACCUCAGCAAUAUUCCCGAGCUCAAGGUUGUGCUGCUCAAGGCGUUCGAAUCGAAUUCAGAGGAAGUAAAGACAGCCGCUUCGUUCGCCUUAGGUAGCGUAGCCAUUGGUAACUUACAGGAAUACUUGCCCUUUAUUUUGUCAGAGGUGGAUGACCACCCGAAGAAACAAUACCUACUGUUGCAUGCACUGAAAGAAACCAUAUCCUGCCAAAGUGGAAAUGCGGCAGCGGUUCAUGCGUUGCAGCCGUAUAUCGAGGCAAUCUGGAUGAUGCUCAUGAAGCACUGUGAAUGCGAAGAAGAGGGUACGCGGAACGUGGUCGCUGAGUGUCUCGGCAAACUGACUCUGGUCGAUCAUGAGACGUUGCUACCUCGGCUGGCUACCUCGUUGGACAGCCCAAGCGCAUAUGCCAGGUCCACCGUGGUAACAGCCAUGAAGUUUACUAUAUCCGACCAGCCGCAACCGAUCGAUGCUCUACUGAAGGAUGAUAUCGGCAAGUUUUUCAAUGCUCUCAAAGAUAGUGACCUUAACGUCCGUCGUGUAGCUCUUGUAGCAUUCAAUUCGGCGGCACAUAACAAGCCUGCACUUGUGCGGGAUCUCCUGGGACAGGUCAUGCCACAGCUUUACACAGAAACGAAGGUGCGAAAUGAGCUCAUCCGUGAGGUGGAGAUGGGUCCGUUCAAGCACACCGUGGAUGAUGGUCUCGAUUUGCGGAAGGCCGCUUUCGAGUGUAUGUACACACUUCUCGACUCCUGCAUGGACCGUAUUGAUAUCUUCGAGUUUUUAACACACGUCGAAGAUGGUCUUAAAGACCAUUACGACAUUAAAAUGCUUACCUAUCUUAUGCUUGUGCGGCUUUCGUCGAUUUGCCCAUUGGCAUUGCUGCAGCGCAUGGAUACGGUGAUCGAUGCACUGAAGGUUCCAUGCAACACCAAACUCAAGAGUUUUCCAGUCAAACAGGAACUCGAGAAACAAGAAGAACUAAAACGGUCGGCCCUUCGUGCUUUCGCCGCGUUGCAGCAAAUAACGGACGCAGAAAAGAAUCCUCAAGUGGUUGAGUUUACAAAUCAGAUCAAGAGCACACCAGAUCUGCAAGCGAUCUUCGACGGCAUACAGAAGGACUCGAAUCAAGCGAUAGGAUUCAUGCAUGACAGUAAUGUUGAGGAAAAUAUGGUCUAUUAAUUACCCAAUGACAGCUAUUGAACGUUAACAGAUUGCCGGUGCAUCGAAGCUGCACUGACCGACCGACCGAUUCCUGUAUUGAUCGAAGAAUAAUGAUGAUUAAGAAUGGAGUAAUGUCGUAAUCCCGUUGAUGUCAUCGGAAGCUGGGCACGUAGUUGUGUAUAAAAAGAAUGACGAGAUCAUAAACAUAUUAGUUAUAGAAGUGGUAAUACGCGAAAGAAAAAAAUGUUAUGAGAUACGAGCAAGUACCCUAGAAUGAGACUACCCUUAGAACUGUGUGCAAAAAAAUGUGGAUAGAUAAGGUAAGGAUGUUACGAGAAGACUAGACACAUUUUGCUGUUUACAGUGAGUGUAUAUGCUUUUGGCGCUCAAAAGCAUGCGAAGGAAACAUGUCUCUCAGUGAUCGAAUAAAUAAAAAUGAUAAAUAGAAUACAAGUAACAAGAGUACGUAUGUUACAAUUUUCAACCCUUGACACCACACGACUCUUCGCUAUUUAGUGGAGCGUAUUUUUAUUUAAUAACAAAGAAUAUUAAACAUGAUAAAUAUAAAGAAACCGUGAUGACCAUGUCGAUAGUAAGAUGUUGCGUAUAGUAUUGUUCGGGUAUAAAAAUAAUUUCGCGGCAGAGAAGAAAAUAUUCAAAAUGAUCUGGUUAGACGCCGAGUGUGAAUGGACCUGGGAUUAGCAAUCCUGGAAAAAAUGCGAGACGCGUAAUGACGGCGGAAAUUCAUCGCAAGAAAAGCACCCGAAAGGACCCGAGAGGCAAAAAAUCGCGUUUAGUAUGGUCGAUGGUCACUUCAAUGUAAAAUAAAUGAAUAAAAAUAAAAAACGUAAUGAAAGUCGUUAUGCUAAUAUGGGCGUUUUCCAUGCUU